AUGAAAUCUCACUUAGAAACAAUCGUACAAUCAUUAUCAACAGAAGGUCAUACAAAUGAUGAAAAUGGAAACAUUUUAUUGCAAUAUAUUAAAACAACAGAUGUUGAUCUUGCAUAUUCUAAUCAAUUAACAAAUGAUCCAUUAUUAUCAGAUUUUAUUCAGCAAAUAUUUUGCAUAUUAACUACAAUUCAAUUCGAUUGCAACUUAGAUUCUUCAUUUAUUGAUUUGGCAGAUUCAAUUUCAAUUUUCCUCACAAAUCUACUUUCAAUUUCCCCAUAUUUGAGGGACCAAAUUGUCAUAAACAUCAAUUUCGACGAACUUAUCCAUAUAGUAUUUUCAAAAAUAGCAGAUGAAGGUGAUAUUAGAAAAAUCGAACCAACAAAAGCAGUAAUUUAUCUAAAAUUAGUAGCCCUUUUAUCAUCAUCAAUCAAUACGAAUCUUACAUGCGUGAAUUCUAUAGCAACGCUUUUUAAGGUCAUAAUCCCUUUACUAGGAUCGCCACAGCUUGGGGCUUGGGCAUGCGCGAUCAUUGCUUUACUUGCACGUGCCUCUAAAUCUGUCGAAUCAUACUUAAAAUCACAACCUUCUAUCCUUCAAGUUAAAAAAGAAUUGACAAGAUUACUAUCUUCUCAAGAUAUUAUGGUCGUGAAUUCAGCUCUUGCUGCACAUACUGCAAUAUUUCCAGUUGGAAAUGAAUCAGCUACAAGUAUACAUGCAGCGAUUAAUUUUAUCACUCAAAAUGGAAAAUUUGUUCUUAUGAAACAGCUAGCUAGAGAUACAAUCUUAUCUCUUAAAGAUAAAGCUCCAUUGGCUCCUCGCGAACUUUUGGUUUUGUUAACUUCAAUCUUGAAUUCAAAUGGCGCUGAUGCAUAUUUUGUUAUAGAUUGUAUCCGUCAAUUAAAUAUAUAUCAUACACAGUUUGCAAAUGGUAUCAAAACAACAGAUUAUCUUGUUUCAUUGGUAGAUUAUAUUUCAAAAUGUGAGUAUGACUUCGUAUCCAUAUCAGCUUGCCAUUUACUACAGAUUUUAGUUGAAAUUGACCCAACUCUAUUUCAAGAAAUUCCAUGCAAUAAAAUUUUUGCAAAAAUUUUUAAUCGAUUUGCAACUCUUCCUGAGAAAACAUCUGUUGAGAAGCUGGAAUCAAUAUUUAUUAUUUUGAUAUUGCUUGUACAAAACAAUUCGCUUUCUGAAGAUGAUGUUGACCUGUUACAAACAGAAGAAAAUUAUUUAUUUACUUGCUUUGUUCGCCAUAUUGAACUCAAUAAUGCAUACCUUUCACUCCUCAUUUUCAGGUUUAUAGAUGAAUGCGUAACAUAUUUUCCAAAUUGGAAAUCCAGAUCAAAUAGAAUUGCAAUUGAAACUCAGCUCUUGCCAUUAAUUAACAAUAUCCUUCAGACAUCAAGAAAUAAAUAUGCUAUUGAGUUUGCAUAUUACGCAAUUUCAGAUCUGUUUUCACAAAGUUCUCAUUUUUAUGAGUCAAUGAUUAAAAUCACUACAACUUCUAAUAUAUCUGCAUAUGAAGAUAAAUAUAAAUCAAUAUCAAAGCUAAAUUCCGAAAUUACUCAAAAUACAUUCAAAAUUUCGGCUUUAUCAGAAGAAAAUACAAGAUUAAAGAAUGAAUUAGAGAAGGUUAAAGCGGAGAACUCAAAGUUGAAGCUUGAUUCCAUAAAUUCAAGUGAUGAAUUAGCAUUUACAAAGAAGAACAAUGACAUUGCUCAAGAGAAACUGAGUGAUUUAACAAAGAAAUUCCAAUCACUUCAAGACGAGAAUAAGAGACUUCAAAAAGAAAAUGAAGAUUUAUCUGAAGUUGUCAAUAAUAAUGGUUUAGCUACAAAGCGGAUUCUCCAUGACAACAAAGAUCUUUAUCAGCAGAUACAGUUAUAUCAAACAACUGAGCGGUCGAAACAGAAAAGAAUUGAAGAAUUAACUGAAGAACUCAAAGCUAGAUCAGAAGAGUUCACGAAGGUUACAAUAAACAUUCAAAAGAAGGAUGCUGAACUUAGUAUUGCCCAGAACAGAGCAUCUUCAGCAGAAAGUAAAUAUUUAAUUCUGGAACAAAAACUUAAAGAACAAAAGGAUACAAAUAAAAAGUUAUGUAGAGCCGCAGAAAAAAUCAGAGAAGAUAUGAUGAACGCAGAAAAGAGAGCAAAUUCACUAAGUGAUGAUAUCUCUAAAAUUGAAGCUCAAAAUAAGAAAUUAUUAGACUCUCAGAAGAAUCUAAUGGACAAAAAUGAAAAGUACAAGAAGCAGAUAGUUGAAUACCGUGAACUUGCAAAGAAGGCCGAGCAAGAGAAAAACAAGUGGGAAACUAUUGCCAAAUUUGCUCAAAAGGUUAAAGAAUGCAAGAGAGAAGCUGCUGAAGAGGUAUUUGCUCCAAUGAACCAGUGUAAUUGUAAAAAGGAAUAA